AUGGCAAGCAAGAAGCGAGGUGAAGUCCAGCUGCAGACUGUCAUCAAUAGUCAAAACUUGUGGGAUGAGAUGUUGCUCAACAAAGGCCUAACAGUGAUCGACGUUUACCAAGCCUGGUGUGGACCUUGUAAAGCAAUGCAAAAUUUAUUUAGAAAAUUGAAAACUGAGCUGAAUGAAGAUGAGAUUCUGCAUUUUGCUGUCGCAGAAGCUGACAGCGUUGUGACUUUGCAGUCAUUUAGAGAUAAAUGUGAACCUGUUUUUCUCUUUAGUCUUAAUGGCAAAAUUAUUUCAAUGGUUAAGGGUGCAAACGCACCACUUGUUAAUGGAAAAAUCAUCCAACUCAUCAACGAGGAAAAGAAAAUUGCAGCAGGAGAAAUGGUUCGUCCACAGUACACUGAAAUCAUAUUUGUAGACUCAGAUACAGAAGAUGCUGCCGAAGUGCAAGAUGAAAGUGCUGAGGAACAUUUUAAUAUUGUUAUUAUCAGACCUGAUACAGUACAUAGUAGAAAAGUACACGAAAUUAAAACAAUAAUCACAAAGGGAGGAUUUGUCAUAGAAGCAGAGGACAAGAGAAGACUCACUGAAGAAGUUGUUAGGGACUUCUAUAGUAAAAUGGCAGAUGAGCCUGAAUUUGAAGAUUUUGUUGCAUUUAUGACCAGUGGCUUAAGUUCCAUUCUAGUUAUCUCGCAAGAAAAUCAACAGGCUCCCUUUGAGGAAACUGAAUCAGAAACUCAGGCUGAGGAACCAUCUCAAGACUACCCUGAGCUGGAAGAAAAGGUCACAUCUGAAAAGAUGAAGAAGGAUUACAGUUUACAAGAGUAUCUGGAAAGACAACAAAUAUCUCAGUUUUGUGAUGUUGGGAAUUCAAUUAAUGAUAAUAAGUUCAUUGAUAUCUUCUUCCCUGAUUUUGAAAAAAUAAAAGGCAUGAAAUUGGAAAAGAUACUUGCACUAAUUAGACCAGGCCUCUUUAAAGAAAAUAAAGAGGAUGUGUUGGGAAUUAUUGAGAAUGAAGGCUUUAAAAUACUCAUGAAAAGACAACUAGUAUUAUCAAAAGAAGAAGCCCAAAUAGUCUGCAAGGAAUAUGAAAAUGAACAUUAUUUUGAGAAUCUUAUAGAAAAUAUGACCAGUGGUCCAUCUCUAGCCCUUGUUUUACUAGGAGACAAUGGAUUGGAACACUGGAAAGAUUUAAUAGGACCAAAGUCUGUUGAAGAAGCCAGGACACGUGCUCCAGAGAGUUUAUGUGCUCAGUUUGCAAAGGAAAGUUUACCUAUCAAUCAGUUGUAUGGAAGUGACUCGCUGGAAGCUGCUAAAAAGGAAAUACAGUAUUUCUUUCCUCCUCAAAGCACUUUGGCAUUGAUUAAACCUCAUGUACAUGAUGAAAAUAAAGAUGAUAUCUUGAAGAUCAUUAAAGAGGAUGGAUUUGAGGUAACACAAAUGAAGGAACUACUUCUAACGCGAGAGUUAGCAGACUGCAUUUAUAUGACUAUACAAACAAAAGAUUUUUAUAAAGAUGUAUUGGAAAUGCUAGCUGAAGGCCCAUCUGUCAUCAUGGUCCUGACCAAGUGGAAUGCUGUUUCUGAAUGGAGAAAGUUGAUGGGCCCCACAGACCCAGAAGAAGCAAGACUACUGUCUCCAGACUCCAUUCGAGCCCAUUUUGGAAUUAAUGUUCUGUACAACGCAGUCCAUGGUGCAUCCAAUAUCUAUGUAGCAGAAGAGAACAUUAGAUUGUUAUUUGGAGAGCUUGAUCCUGAGAAUCUUGAAGAAAACUAA